ACAUCUACUGCUCAAACAACAUCCACAACAGCUUCCACAUUGACCACUACUGCUCAAACAACAUCCACAACAGCUUCCACAUUGACCACUACAACAGCAACAGCAGAUGCUCCAACAACCACAUCUACUGCUCAAACAACAUCCACAACAGCUGCAGAUGCUCCAACAACCACAUCUACUGAUCAAACAACAUCCACAACAGCU